AAACGGUGUGUCUGAAGUCUCCGGCCACCCAUUUCAACAUGAAACUCGUCGCGAUUGACGUCACCGAGCCAUCUUUGUCCACCUAAUCCAGGCGGCUGUUUAUUACACCUUCAUUACUGCACGGACUCUGACAGCGCCAGGCUCUGGCAAUAGCCUGCUGGUGCCGCAUCACCGUAGAAAUAGGAAGAGGAAAACGGGUUUUGUAGUGAGGGGACACAUCUCAGUGGCAGAUCCAAGCCAGUUUUCCUCUUGGGCUAUAUAGGCAGGGAAACGCCACAAUAACCAACCAAAGGGUGCCAGAGGGUUGAGAGGAGCGCAGAAGGCAAUCCACAUCCAUCUGCCAGCCAUUUAGCACGCGCUAACAUUUCCAGUCCGGGUUUCAGCACAGCUGUCUAGCUAAUACUACCAAGAAAAUGUCUGCCCCAGCCGGAGCCCCUGCAGCAGAGGGAGGGAAUCAACCUCCCAACCUCACCAGCAACCGUCGUCUGCAGCAGACACAGGCACAGGUUGAUGAGGUGGUGGAUAUCAUGCGUGUAAACGUGGAUAAGGUUCUGGAGCGUGAUCAGAAGCUGUCAGAACUGGACGAUAGGGCUGACGCCCUGCAGGCUGGAGCCUCUCAGUUUGAGACCAGCGCUGCAAAACUGAAGAAUAAAUACUGGUGGAAGAAUGCCAAGAUGAUGAUUAUCCUGGGAGUCAUAUGCGUGAUUGUCCUCAUCGUCAUUAUUGUGUACUUCAGCACCUAAGAAGAGUUGCUCCUACCCCAGUCUAAUUCCAACUUCCUUGCUACAGAAAAAAACCCUCAAAUUGAUUACAAAAUUAACCAUGAGAAAAUAAUUUAUUAUAUAUAUCUCCCCGAUUAGCCUCGAUAUAACACCCCUAAACCCCUCAGGGCCCCAUGGCUCCCCCACUUCCACCACCUCGCCUCUGGACCCCUGUCAAUAUUUGUCCUGUGAGUGUGUGGCCCUGUCUCCUUUCUGGGUACUCUUGGCUUUUCUAACCUGCCAUACUGAGAACCAAACACUUGUGACGAUGCAACAGAAAAGGAAACAACGAUUGGCGAUAAUUGUUACAUAACUGAUAUAUAUAUAGUUCUUUGUAGAGUUUUAUUCUGAUAUAUACUGUUUUGUAGGUGUGUGUGCGUGUGUGUGUGCAUUUUGUAUUUUUUAAUUUUUGUAUUAAUUUUACGUAUGCUUCAGCGUUAAAUACUGCCUAUUAAUCAAAGUGUGUAUCAUGCAUGUGAUCAUCAUCUGUCUGUCCCCUGCUUACUCUCUCUUUUUGGUGUUUUUUUGCACAAUGGAGUUAGACUCCAUUUAACUAAGGAAAUACCAAUUGAUUUUUCGAGUCCAUCUGUGUUACUCGUGUCCACUUAAGACCAAGUCCAAAAUAAGUCAGAGAACUAAAACUUGUACUAAAAAAAAUAUCAUCAAGUUACAAAAAUUUGAGCUAUCACAUAGACAAAACUGCCCUUGAAAAUUUUCCAGGUUGCUCUUACUUCAGCUCCAGAUUUCUAUAACUUGAUGCCAUCAAGUUUUAGCUUCUUUGCUGGCUUUCUGAGAGAGUUAAUGCUCACUGGUAUUGAUCAAACAUACAAAUAAUGCAUGAAUUGUUAAACUAAUCAUCAUUCCCAGUCCUUUCCGUCUGAUCCACCCAUUAUCUGAAUGUCAUUUCUCUUUCUCCAUUUCUGUCCUCUAAUAAUUUUCAUCUGUAGUGUCUUUAACGCCCCAGCCCUCUUCUGUCUCUCAGCAUGCUUGAACACCUCAGUUUCUUCUGAUAAUUUUAAUACUGCCAUAGUACAGUUGGACCAAUGUCUGUAGAUGUUUCUAUUUUAUUUAAAUAUUACGUAGUGUCUUAUUUCGAAAACAUUCCUUCAUUGCAGUCUAGUGCAAAUGGUCUUACCGUAGCACAUGUAAGUGUAAGUAUCUUUAAAAAAAAAAAAAAUACACACGAUGAAACUUGUGUCGAAAACAUUGGUCAAACCAUAGGAGAAAAUAGUUAUAGUUAAUAGCUGUAAGGGUACAUUUUGGAUAGACAUGAUUAGACUUUCAAUCUGUCCAAAUGAUUUUCUUUUGUAAUACUUGUGAUGUUAUCUUAACAUUACACUUACAGUAUACUGUGGAGAUGUCAUUAAUGUCAAACUGUGGCUAUGGGCUUGCAAAAAAAAUUCUAAUGCUAGGGGAUAAAAUGGGGCCGUUACAUAAUUUGAUUAAUUUCCAUAAAACAAAGGUUAAUUCUCACUGGCCCAUUACCUACGUGGACACUGAAAAGCCUUGGUCUCCAGUCACUUCUAUUAGUUACUGUAGAAUAUUUCCAGUCAAACACGCCCUCACACGUUUAGUUUGUGUAGGGGGAGUGGCUGACUGCAGAAAAGGAAUCUGUUUAAAAUGCACAAACAACCUUGUUUUUGAUGGCGCUGUCUGGCUGGUCAAUAGCCUGGCCAAAGGAGAUCCUCGUGCAGCAAAACCUCUCCACAUGAAGAGCACAUAAAAAAAAAAUAAAAAUCCAGGAACAGGGACAGAGGCUAAUGAGGAAAAUGUCAAAUUCACAGUUGAGUUUUAGUUUCAGCAACUUUGGGGGUAGGCUCAGAAAUUUACAGUCAAAGUUUAGUGACAAGAAACGUGAGAAGCAGUUAUUCAAAAACUAGAAGCACUCCUUUGAAGAGUGUUUUGCUAGCGCAGUGGUCUGUCUCAGUGUUUCUCCCUAUAGUUAAGGCCUUUUUUCUUUUUUAAAUAUAAUAGAUUAUAUUUUUUAUUAUAGUAUAUUUUUGUGUGAAACAGACAGGUAAAGAGGAAGUGUGCAAUCAGUACUAUUUGCUGCCAACAGCAGUGAGCUCCUCUUUACCUCUGUCUGGUGUGUUUUUUGUAAUUCAGCUCUGUGCGUUAUACACUGCCAAGCAACAAGGGAGAGGCUUCUAUUGUUAUUUCUGUCAUUGGUGCCCUCGCUGGUUUGGUCUUAAACAAUUCUUUUACAUUUUUUGGCAUCUACUCCUGUGCAUACUACCUUUUUGGCUACUUUAUGAGCAGGAGAGCAGGGCAAAAUGAUGCACUUAUUUUUUAAUGCUUUGUCAAACUAAGGCCUUGUACACAUGAACAUGAGAUGACAUAAACCAAAAAUCCCUCAAAACUGCAAAUUGCAUUUUGGGGGAUUUGAAACCAUUUUACCUUCAACUAUAGAAGGUCUUUAUUUACAGAGUUUUACUUGUGGUCGUGGUAAAUCUAAGCUCUGAAAUUGUUGGAGAUCAGUUAUUCAAUCAAAUCUCUGUCUCAUGAAUCUGAAGAAAUGUGCAGGCCUGCAUUAAUAAAUGCUUAACAGGAAGCGACUCGGCUCGUGCAUUACUGCCACUAAUGCCAUUCUUAAAUCCUAAAAUGUAUUAAUUUAGCUUUAGCUAUAGAGACCAUGAAACCACCGACAAUAUUUCAAAACAAGUGUGUGUAAAGCCUUAGUAGCCUUGUCUCUUUUCAACAUGACUUUUUAUCUUCCCCACCAGCUGAGACCAACCUGCCCCCCUUUGCUCAACUCAGAUUCAGAAUCCUACAGUGUGUGUGUGUGUGUGUGUGUGUGUGUGUGUGUGUGUGUGUGUGUGUGUGUGUGUGUGUGUGUGUGUGUGUGUGUGUGUGUGUGUGUAUUAGAAUAGCUCUGUCUUGGGAAUAUCCCCAGUUUAUCCCGACAGAUUAGGCCGCUUAAAUCUCAGAGUGAGGGCACGUUGUUUCCUUGACCACUGAAGUACACAAGCAGAGAGGUUACAGAUCUGCCGGCCAGUUCUAUUUUGACGGACCCCGACCUUAACAAACCCACUCCUCCCCGCUUCCCCUAAAAGUUUUCCUCCAAACAGAGCAAAAGUAAACUGCAGAAGAUUACCAAAGACGAGAUUUCCAUGCUUACGCUGCCAAUUGCCAUCAAAAACAAGCAGAGAGAAACAGGUUAUCCAAACUAUCCCAAUCUGUGGUAAAUAGCUUAUACCCUUACCCUAUUUAUCUACAAUUACAGGACCUUUUAACUAUUACACACUAUUUACAUGGUGUGUCAGUUUGGCUUGUGAGUGUGCCAUUCUAACAUAUGCAAGUUAAACCAAAACACAAGGACCGCGUGCUUCAGAUCUCAAAUACAGUCUCCCCCACCAUGUGUAUCCAGGUCUGAAGAUCUUCUCUAAUCUGUAACAAGUUUUUAGACACAUGAUCCUAUAACUAAUAAUAGCACAACUCUUCUUUUUUCUGUCUCCAUAGUGCUGCCAUGUUCUAAAAUGAAAACAUGUAUAAACUAACUAUAGCUAUUAGACAUAAAGCAAGAAAAACGUUAUAAAAAAUCUGCAUUGUUUGGUGUUUAUGGGGGUGUUUUGGGGGUAGGGGGUCCUAUAUCCUCAGGUUUAAGGUAUUAGCAAUUUACCUAAAUAUAUAUGAGGACAAAAACUAUAUUAGCAAAUUGUAAAAUUGGGUUUUUUGGCAAUAGAAAAUCAUUAUAGGCUUACAAAUGUGGUCCUUUUAGCCAUCCUACAGGAGUUAACCACACAGUGGACUGAAGAGAAAUAACACUACUGAUUGGGGUAGGACUUCUGUGUUAUCCAUAAAUCCAACAGUUGUGAGUGCUCAACCAAUUUGGUCACAAUGGUGAAAAUGAAGUGAGUGCUCUCUUUUUCUGUUGCUUUAUUGUCUGUAUGAAAAGAAGUGCACAUAUAUUUUAACACCGUGGCCCUUUUUCUGUUGUGAUUUGUUGAUUUUGGUGGAAUGGGAAUGAUUCAGUGGAGAAUAUUGUCUUAUGUCAACCUCAAGAAUUGUUCAGUGAUCUCAACUUAACGCUGUGUUCAGAUCAUUUGGGGGAUGAUCCAAAAUGCAAGUUGCCAGCAUGGAAAAACCCUCUUCCAGGUUUGAGUUAUAACUUGUGAACUUGUAAUUCAAACUUGGAGGGAAACAAGCAGAAUGAAAGAGGCCAACAGAAGAUCCAAUCCUUCAACAAAGCGUCAUGUAAUAUGUAGAGUGGGGAAUGGUCCACAACGUUUACAGUUUACAGUCACCCUCAAAUGGGAUGAAUGCAGCGAUAGGAGGGAACCUGAGUCUCUGAAUGUUCACUGGAUGGCUAUAAACAUACAAUAUUCGACUUAAUAUAUGUUAACAUGUUUUAUUUUUUAAACAAAUAUUGUGUUUUUCUUUUGCAUUAAUUUAGUAAUAACUCCAGAUGUCACUGAAUUGUUUGUGUGUACGCACUAAUGGGUAAAGGUAAACAAAAUGGGAAGUUAAUGGGAGAAAAAAGUAUUUUUACCUUCAAUUGUCCAGAAUGCUUAGAAUGAUUCUACAGUUUACAUCAGAUUGCCGUUUGUAUCUACAAGAUAUAUUUUUUGUUUAAAUCUGUUUAUUUUUGAGGAAAGAUUUUGAGUUCUCUUUGGGACUGGGGUUUCUGGGAUGAAGGCCCAUAUUGCCCCUGGUCAUCUGGCCUUACAGGAGGGACAGGACUGGAGGAUCAUGGGCAAUGUGCUCAGCUUUAUUUGAUCUUUUUCUUUUCCUUUGCUUUUAUUUAUUGAUAGAUUUAUUGUGCUGUCAUUUGGUAUGGGAUUAGAAACUAAGCAAAGUAGACUCAGCAUAAAGGAAAGGAGACUGAAUGAAAAACUAAAGUACAUAAAUAAUUGUAGUGUAAAUCUAUCAAUGUCUUAUUAUAUUGAUGAACAUCAUGAAAUAUAUGUAUAUUGGAAAAACAGUACCUAUGACAACUUGUACUUUUGUGUGUGCUUCAUGUGUUUUGUGGGUGUGCAACAAUGGGCAGAUGCAAUUUUGACUGCAAUUCUGGGACCUUAUCUGACCUGUAUGAAUAAGCAUAAAUUUAUUAUCAAUACAAA